AUGCGGCCAGUGACCACGGGGCUUCUUCACAGCAGCCUCAGCCCCCACAGAAGGGUUCAGCUGGUGAGCUCCAACAUGGACCGGCCGGAGCAGCUCCCACUCUGUGCCGAGAUCACCUUGAGGAGCAGAGCCUGUGCCAUGCUCUCCCAACACCAGCCCCAGCACUGCCAAGUGCCACUGUGGGGCAGUUAAUGAUUACCACUGCCACCUCGGGUCCCUGCUCCUGCCCUGCCCUGGCAGGAGGGAGCGCUGGAGGCUGGGAAGCAGGAUGCUGCUGCUGCUGGUCCUGGCACUGCUGGGACCCGCCAGCUGCCCCAGGACUGAGCCCCUGAGUGGGUCCAGCCAGGAGCCCCUCUUCCACGGGGCAGAUCGGUACGAUUUUGCCAUUGUCAUCCCUGCCGGCACUGUGGAGUGCUUCUGGCAGUUUGCACACCAGAGCGGCAGUUUCUUCUUCAGCUACGAGGUCCAGCGGGCGACGGGGAUUGCCAACAACAGGAAUGUCCUGGCCACCGCGAGCGACCCCAACGGCUUCCGGCUUGGUGCUUCCCAGGACGUCCGAGGACAGAUCAACUUCCUCACCAAGGAGACAGGUUUCUACCAGCUGUGCCUGGACAACCAGCAGAACCACUUUGGCUUUGUACAGGUAUAUCUCAACUUUGGUGUCUACUACGAAGACUUCAAUGUGGAAAACAAGCAGCUGGAAGAGAAGAAAGAGCUGAAUGACACCCUGGAGGCAAUCGGGGUCAGCAUCCGGAAGCUGCAGGUCCACAUCUUCCACAUGUGGCGGUUCUACAACUUUGCCCGGAUGCGGAAAGCAGCCGACUCCUUCCUCCUGGAGUCCAACUACAACUACGUCAACUGGUGGUCGAUGGCUCAGAGCUGUGUCAUUGUCCUCUCUGGGGUGCUGCAGCUCUACUUUUUGAAGCGCCUCUUCAACGUGCAAACCUCCAGCAGGCAGAAGUGCUAGCAGUGCCCAGAACUGCGGGCAGGAACCCUGCCUACAGUGCCUGGUAACUGAGCAGCUGCUCUGCCCCUUCACAGAGCAGGAGGGAAGCUGGAUCCUGCUUCGAGGAGGAGAGCUCCCCCGGCUCCUGCCUCCGGCUCUAGCUGAAAUCACCCCGACCGAAGAAAAGCGCAAUGCAAUUGCCUGAGCUUUGCAUGCUGGGUUGGUUUGUUACAUCCCUACCUGUUGUUGUAAUGUUGCAACGUGCCUUUUCUACCAGAUACCCAAUAAAGGAACCCCUGGCACAUGCUCUGGGGACCAAUGGCA